UACAAAAAAAAAAAAGACACGAAGAGAGUUGCCCACACUCGCAUCGCAUCAAUACAAACUGUGCUCAGACUGCGACCGAAGAGAGAAAGAGAGAGUUUAAGGGCAUGGCUUUUCCUGGAGGCGCGAAGCGGUCCAUUGGUUCAAUACUGUCUAGUUAUACUCAUAGAUACUCAACUACAGCUACUACUGCUGCUCAUGGCCGAGGUUUUUCUACAUUUGUCUCAAACAAAAGAGCUGUCUUGUCUCAUGUCACAGAGAUCCAAACCUCGUACCCUAUGAGACUUGCCGAUGCCCAAUAUGGGUCUGCUCUUGUUCUUGUUAGGAGGUUGAGUGUAGGAGCAUCGUCGUCUACACACCAAAUGAGUCUUAUAAAGCAACUGCGGCAGAGAACUAGUGCUCCUAUUAAGGAUGUUAAGGCUGCUCUUAUUGACUGCAAUUGGGAAAUUGAGGAUGCACUCAAGGAAUUGAGGAGGAGAGGGAAGGUUUUGGCAUCCAAAAAGUCUUCGAGAAUGGCUUCUGAGGGUUUGCUUGCACUGGCUCAGAACGAGAGCGGGGCUGCCAUAAUCGAACUCAAUUGUGAGACUGACUUUGUUGCUAGAAAUGAAAUCUUUCAAUACUUGGCAUUAGCUUUGGCAAAGCAAGCUCUGCUAGCUGAAGGCUCUUCUCAACAGGUUUCUGGGGUCGGUCCCAUUGCCUCGGAGCAUUUAGAGGAGUUGAAGUUAAAUCUUGAACAUCCAAAAAUUAGUGGAGAAACAAGUGUUCAGAAUGCCAUUACAGAAGUGGCUGCAUUAAUGGGUGAAAAUAUUAAACUUAGAAGGGGGUUUGUGAUGCCUACAGCUUCACAUGGUGUUGUUUCCACGUAUCUCCAUGCAAGUCCCCAACCAGGUUUGGGUCGCAUCGCUGGAAUUUUAUCUCUUGAAGUAGAGGACAACAAUGCUCAGUUGGAUGCCAUACAGCGCAUUGGAUCAGAAUUGGCAAUGCAUGUGGUGGCUGCAAAGCCUUUAUUCUUAACGAAGGAACUUGUUUCUUCUGAUGCAUUAGAGAGUGAACGGGAAAUCUUCAAGUCUCAGGCUGAAAGUACGGGCAAGUCUCAGAUGGCCAUAGGCAAAAUAGUAGAAGGCCGUUUGCGUAAAUACUACGAGGAUGUUGUUCUUAUGGAGCAGAAGUUUAUUGUGGACGAUUCUGUAAAUGUAAAGACACUAAUGGAUAAGCUAUCUAAGGAAGUGGGAUCACCUGUGAGGAUUGAGAGCUUUUUCAGAAUGGAAGUUGGAGAAGGAAUUCAAAGGCUCGAAGAAUCCAGUACAUCUGAAAAUUUGGUCGAGGCCGGUUGAGGAAAUGCUGCCCCUUGAUCCACAGAAUGUAGAAUCCUGGAGCAUCUCCAGAGGUAGGGAUUCAGCCUGUUCCUGUUGAUACCCAGCAUGAUUUCUUUCUUUAUGCCCGCUUACUGAUGAUAGUUGGCCUUCUUGUUGCUGGUGUUCCCAGGUCAUGAUGUUUUGAGACAAUGAAAUGUCUUUCUGAAGUAUUGACAUUUAACGGUUAUGAGUUUCUUUAAUUUUGGUCCACAAAUAGAAAAUGUAAUAAUAUGUAUUUUCUCAACUGAGCCUCAAUCUUGUUUUCAUGUCAAGCCAGUGCCAUUUUUUAGGAAUAGUACUGGCUUUGAGCCUUCGAAGAUGAAAAAUCGACUAUAUGUUAAAACAUGGUGAAUAUUGGUAGAAUUAGAUUUUGGAGA